AUGAAAUCAGAUUCUGAAAAUCACAAAACAAAACGAGCUUUCUCAAAAAAGAAAAAAGGAAAUUGGGAUUUGGACAGAAAGAUAUUUGAUGCAUCUUUGGCAAGUCAAAAUUCUCGAUGCCCAAUCACCAAUGUUCAUUUUUCAACACUUUCUAUAUCAAAUUUCCAAACAAGUACUGAUAGAACUGGUGACAGUGAAACAUUUCACCAAUCUAAUAUUAGAUUCAUUCCAAAAGAAUUGAAUUCUAAAACUAAAUGGUAUCGAGGAUUGUUAGAAGAGUUGGAAUUCUUAGCUGCGAAUUUAACAGAUAUGAGUUAUAAUGAUUUGGAUAAAUAUUACCAAGAGUCAGAUAUUGAAUCAAGUUUAAGAAAAUUAAUUCAUUCAGCUGGUGGUAUUUCUCGAUUGUGUGAUGGUUUCAAUCCAGAGGUUGAUGGUGAUGCCAAUUGGAGUCGUAUAAAGUAUAAAUAUGUACUCUAUAACAAUUCACUUUUUGGUUCGAAUAUCAACCAAGUUGAGAAUGUCGUGGUUUGA